UAAAAGGAGAACAAAUCAGAAAAAUCCAAAAAAAGUCAUUCCCUCCUCUCCUUCGGUCCUUCCUCUCUCUCUCUCUCUCGAGCCAUUAGCAUUUUCCACAAGUCAGAAAGAAAUGGAUUCAUAUCAUCAUCUCUCUCCUGUCUCGCUCCUCCAUCGGAUCAAAGAUUCCUUCCAUUCAACCGUUUCCUCCAUCCUCGCCAACCUCUUCUCCGCCCUCUUCACCUUCUUCUUCGCUCUAGUGGGGACUUUGCUAGGAGCCUUGACAGGGGCUUUGAUUGGCCAAGAAACAGAGACCGGUUUCAUCAGAGGAGCAGCCGUUGGUGCUAUUACUGGCGCUGUCUUCUCCAUCGAUGUCCUUGAGUCUUCCCUUCUCCUCUGGCAAUCCGAUGACUCUGGUAUUGCUUGCCUUCUCUACUUGAUUGACGUCAUUGCUAGCCUUUUGAGCGGGAGGCUAGUUCGCGAGCGUAUUGGUCCUGCAAUGCUUAAUGCUGUCCAGAGUCAGAUGGGAGCUAUGGAGUCACAAUUCCAAGACCAAACUCAUGAUAUCUUCGCCACUCCCAUUUCAAAAGGUCUCACUGGGGAUUCUCUCGACAGGAUCCCAAAGGUCCUCAUUACUGACACCUCUGGGGAGAUGAUGGUCUCUUGCUCUGUUUGCCUUCAGGACUUUCAGGUGGGAGAGACUGUUAGAAGUUUGCCGCAUUGCCAUCAUAUGUUUCACCUACCGUGCAUCGACAAGUGGCUUGAAGGGCACGCUUCUUGUCCCUUGUGCAGAAGAGACCUUUGAAUUCUAACCUCUCAUCUUAUUUAUAAAUGAGGUGUUAUUAAACCCAUACACACUACUAGUUGGUGUUCCUUGAUUAUUUAGGUUACACAUCAAUCAUUGUAAUUUGACUCAUCUCUCUGAUUUUAUUUUAAUGUAUAACUCAUUCUUGGCUUUGGCUAGAUAUUCAAUUUAUAGAAGAAAGUUUUGGGAA